CUUUUUUCUUGUGUCUGGCUGUUUUGGUGCACAGUGUUCUCUAGCGCCACCCAGAGGGCAACAGUUCAAAGAGAAAAUGGGCUGGGUGUGAGAAGUCCAGAGUGAUUUUCUGAGCCCAUUUCCUCACUCUGAGGUGUAGAGGUCUUGGAGGUGGGACAGGGGGGUCACCAAUAAGUGCAGUCCUUUCUGUCUGCUGUAGUCUACUGAUAUCUAGUUUGGAGUUCUAUAGAAGAGCACAGGACGGACUCACUGACAGCUUCAACAGCUCCUUAAAUCGUCACACAGCAUCAUUUGGAACCAGAUAAACAUGCAACAACCAUCGGCAUUAACCUGCGCUGCAGAAUUUGGCAGACAAAUGCGCUCUGUUUUUAAGCAGUCCCAUCGGUGCGUCAUGCACACGCGUGCUCACGUACGUGCGCACACUCACCGGCUCGCCCUAGGCAGGUGACCUAUUUUCUGCAGCCGGUGGAGGGAGCGCUGCAUCGGAGGGAGAGAUGGUCUUUUCUAUGGGUCGGUCCAUUCAUGGCUGGCUCAGGAUUGUGGAUUAAUUACCCCGUGUGGGAACCAGAGCCGACUCUGUAAGCGAGACACUUCAGCCUCCGCUGGCAUCAAUAAUGCAUUUUUCUGUCUCUCCAUUUAAUUUGCACACAAGCCACCAGCUCACGUCACCAGCUCUUUUAAGGCUGGGACAUCCGAUAUGAAGGGAAAGAGCCACGAUAUACACUAUACCCCCGACGUAAACACACACGCAUAUACUCUCCCUCUUGACCCCCCGUCCCUUCCCUUCCUCUGCCGGCUGACAAAUUGAUUCUUUCUUAAUGUGCUCCUGCUGCGAAUGCAUUAAGAAAAGGAAAAGGGGAAAAAAAAAAAAACUGAAUGAGGAGUUUAGAUUCCACCAACGGAAACGAACAAGACCAGACUACUUUUUUUAUUUUUAUUAUUAUUAAUUCCACAUUGAACUUUUGAUGCACUUCAGAGAAACUUUUGCAGAAAAAGGUCUUCAAUUGUAAUGGAUUACAAUGCUUGCGCUUGCCAUUGAGUGACCAGCCAUGAUUGACCUGUUAGGAGUCGAGGAACCGCGUGGAUACGACAGAGAUUUAAAAGCCAGACCCUAACAAGAAGGCUCUUUAGUCGAACGAAAAAACAACAUGGCCAAGGGGAAGAUCUCUUCUCCAUGUGAGCCAUGACAGUAUGGUGGACUGUUUGAGUCGAGUCAUGCUGCACACAGCCGUGUCUUGCUGGCAGCCUUUGCUGGGGCUGGCCCUGGUGGCCGUGUUCGUGGGCUCCACCCUGGCCUGCCCCUCCCGCUGCGAGUGCUCCGCCCAGAGCCGAUCUGUCAUCUGCCACCGCAAGCGCUACACCGCCAUUCCCGAUGGAGUCCCACUCGAGACGAGGAUCCUUGAUCUCAGCAAGAAUCGCAUUCAGGCUGUCAACCCUGAUGACUUUGCUGCCUAUCCACACAUAGAAGAACUGGACCUGAGUGGAAACAUUAUUGCCUAUGUUGAGCCUGGAGCCUUCAACUCGCUCUACAGCCUCCACUCGUUGAGCUUAAAGAGCAACCGCAUCAAGCUCCUCUCUCUAGGCGUCUUCACCGGCCUCUCCAAUCUAACAAACCUGGAUAUCAGCGACAAUAAGGUUGUCAUUCUGGUGGACUAUAUGUUCCAGGACCUGCGCAACCUCAGGUCAUUGGAUGUUGGAGACAACGAGCUGGUUUACAUCUCCCAUCGGGCUUUCAGUGGACUGUUGUCUCUGGAGAGCCUGACACUGGAGCGCUGUAACUUAACGGUGGUGCCCACAGAUGCCCUGUCCCACCUGCACAACCUGGUGAGCCUGCAUAUGCGCUACCUCACUAUCAGCACUCUCCACCCCUACUCCUUCAAAAAGCUAUUCCACCUCCGUCACCUAGAGAUCGACAACUGGCCAUCUCUAGAUGUGUUCCCCGCCAAUUCUCUGCAUGGCCUCAAUCUCACCACGCUUUCUGUCACCAACACCAACUUGUCCACUUUCCCCUAUCAGGCUCUCCACCACCUGCCUUACCUCACGCACCUUAACCUCUCCUACAGUCGCAUCCGAACAGUGGAAGGUGGCCUGCUUCAGAACCUGGUGCGACUGCGUGAAUUGAGGUUAGCUGGAUCUCAUCUGGUGUCCAUCGAACCCUACGCUUUCCAGGGCAUCCGCUGGCUCCGCUUGCUAAACAUCUCCCACAACCGCCUUGACACCCUGGAGAAGGGGGCAUUUCAUGCUCCGGAGGCACUACAGGUGCUGUUGAUCAACAACAACCCUCUGGUGUGUGACUGUCGACUCAUGUGGUUGCUCCAGAGGCACCAUUCCAUCUCCUUUGGUGACACCCAGCCUGAGUGCAGCAGUCCGGAGGGCAGCCAAAGACGGCAAUCCAAGGAGUUCAAAGAAGCUCUUCUGUCCAACUAUGUGACCUGCACCAAGCCCAAGAUCCGUCGAAAUCGGACUCAGUCUGUGUCUGUGGAGGAGGGACAGUCUGCCCAUUUGAACUGCACUGCGGAGGGAACCCCACGGCCCACUAUUUCUUGGGUCUCCCCACGUAAGGUACAGCUGAACAACAGGAACCACGGCAGAGUGAUGGUCCACAACAACGGCUCAUUGGAUAUUAAGGCGGUGGAAGUUCAGGAUGGCGGUGUGUAUGUAUGCACGGCCUCCAACAGUGCAGGUAAUGACACACUUAUGGUAUCACUGUCAGUGAAAAGUCUGGGCUCGCUGUAUGCCAACAGGACCCAGCAUUACACGGAUACAAGCAAUGCCACUGCCAACGGCACCAACCUCCCUAAUGUGACCUUUGGCCUGGAUCUAAAGACUAUCUUAGUUUCUACAGCCAUGGGCUGUUUUACAUUCCUAGGAGUGGUUCUUUUCUGCUUCCUGCUCCUGUUUGUGUGGAGUCGAGGAAAAGGCAAACAUAAAAACAACAUUGAUAUUGAGUAUGUGCCACGCUCCAAGUCCAAUGGGACCUCUGGUGAGGAGGUGGACCAGGGUGCUGGGCCACGGCGCUUUAACAUGAAAAUGAUUUAAGACAUUUAAAGGAAUACCAGAGGGAAUUUACAAUGAUCUUUGUUUAACAAUUUGUACCUGGAAACAGAACUCAAUGCCAGGAAAGUCCACAGUCCCUAAGAUUCAAUCCAGGUUUUGGUUCAGUUUGACUUCACUGGAUACACAAAGGGAAUAAUAUGUGUCAAUAAUGAACCAUUUUCGAAUUUAUAUGAAACCCUCUCGGAAGGAGGGGAUGUUCACCAACACUCCAACACAAAUUGUGUACAGAACCGAUUUGUAAAAUUCAAGUAUUACUCUCUUAUUUGCCGAGGCUCGCACAUGCUUUCUCACUGCGACCAACAGAUGAUCGGGAAUCUGUUCUCUCCCUCAUUAUCCUGCAUAUAUGUACGUAAUGCUCAGUUAUGUAUGUGUAUGUUAACAUGUAUAAACACUUUCUUUUGUUGCAUUGUUCACGAAAUGCAAUGAACGCCAAAAUUUACAUUUCCCAUGUUUCGAAGGAGAUACCGUACGACCAAGCCAUCGUCUCACUACUCAAACUGUUUGAGAACGGAGGACAAAGGGCUUAAGCAGGUGUGAAAUGUUACUCCGAGGAACACGUGUGUGCGCCGUUUGUCUACCCCGAUUUAUUCUCCUGAUCUGAAGAAUAUUAUAUUUGUUUAUUAUCUGGGAUGAAAAAAAAAGAGAGAUUAUUUAUUAACAAAGGCCUUUGCGUUCAAACUCAAUAAUACAAUGUGAAGAUUUUCGAAUGGUUUAAAAUUCAUUUUAUUUUAACUAUGAUUUUAAUCCAAGUGUACGCAUAAAUUAACACAGGCCAUGUUUCGGUUGUGCACUUGUCCAUUUCUGUGACUCUAACCCCUUAUCUGGUACAAGAUACAAAAUGUCUCCAUUUCCAUCCAAGCUACCAUUAUGUUUUUUCAUCAUUACUUUUAUUUCCUUCUCUAGUAAGAAAUUCUGACUUUGUUGUGGUAGUUUCUCAUUUUGUUGUUGAAUCAUUUAGAUUGUAAACAGUUCAAAGUAAAAGAAAAAAUACAUGUAUGUGAAAUAAAGAAUAUUGAUUUGUAUUCUGA